CCUAAGUACAUCCCACCCAAGAUUCAUAGAGCGAGCAAGCUCCAAUGGCGCUCUAUUCCCCAUCAAUCUGGCUUCAUCUGCUUCUGCUACUUCUCCCUCUUAUGUAUCUCAUAAAACGGAGAAUAGAGUUGAAGGGGCAAAAGAAGCCGCUGCCGCCUGGCCCUACUAAGCUUCCCAUUAUAGGUAAUUUGCAUCAACUUGGUGCGUUGCCUCACUACUCUUGGUGGCAACUAUCUAAGAAAUAUGGCCCCAUCAUGCUCCUUCAGCUCGGUGUCCCUACCGUCGUAGUCUCCUCUGCGGAAGCUGCAAGGGAAUUCUUGAAAACUCAUGAUAUUGAUUGUUGCAGUCGACCUCCCUUAGUUGGACUUGGAAAAUUCUCAUACAAUCACCGAGACAUAGCUUUUGCGCCAUACGGCGAUUACUGGAGGGAAGUACGCAAGAUCUGUGUUCUUGAGGUGUUUAGCACAAAAAGGGUGCAAUCGUUUCAGUUCAUCAGAGAAGAGGAGGUCACUUUGCUGAUUGAUUCAAUUGCGCAAUCAUCUUCUUCUGGAAGUCCUAUUGAUCUUACCGAGAGGUUAAUGUCUCUCACUGCAAAUAUAAUUUGCAGGAUUGCAUUCGGAAAGAGUUUUCAAGCGAGUGAGUUUGGUGACGGAAGAUUUCAAGAAGUGGUUCAUGAAGCCAUGGCUUUGUUGGGCGGGUUCACUGCAGCCGAUUUCUUUCCGUACGUGGGUCGGAUUGUGGAUAGACUCACUGGUCUUCAUGGAAGGCUUGAGAGGAGUUUCCUUGAAAUGGACGGUUUCUACGAACGGGUGAUUGAGGACCAUCUCAACCCAGGAAGGGUGAAAGAGGAGCAUGAAGACAUCAUCGACGUGCUGCUGAAAAUAGAGAGGGAACGGUCUGAAUCCGGUGCUGUACAGUUUACUAAAGAUAGUGCAAAAGCAAUCAUCAUGGAUUUAUUCUUGGGUGGAGUGGACACUGGUGCAAUCACCCUAACUUGGGCAAUGACCGAGCUUGCUAGGAACCCAAGAAUAAUGAAAAAAGCCCAGGUUGAAGUUAGAAACUCCAUUGGAAAUAAAGGAAAAGUCACGGAGGGUGAUGUCGAUCAGCUUCACUACCUCAAGAUGGUGGUCAAAGAAACUUUGAGACUGCAUCCUCCCGCCCCACUUCUAGUUCCAAGAGAAACCAUGUCACAUUUUGAGAUAAACGGGUACCACAUUUACCCGAAAACCCAAGUCCACGUAAACGUUUGGGCAAUUGGGCGAGACCCCAACCUCUGGAAGAACCCAGAGGAGUUUCUGCCCGAGAGGUUUAUGGACAACUCUGUAGAUUUUAGAGGACAACAUUUUGAGCUACUGCCUUUCGGAGCGGGAAGAAGAAUUUGCCCGGGUAUGUAUAUGGCGAUUGCAACAGUGGAGCUCGCACUUGCUAAUCUUUUAUAUCGUUUCAAUUGGAACUUGCCGAAUGGGAUGAGGGAGGCAGAUAUUAACAUGGAAGAAGAAGCAGGUCUUACUGUCCGUAAGAAGUUUGCUCUUAACCUUGUGCCAAUUCUCCAUCACUGUUAACAAUGCCGGUGAUAAGAGGAAUCGUUCUUGAUAUUCUCUGUAUUUGUCCCACGAAAACUUUAAGUUGCUGAUAAAUUAAUGAAAAUAAGUGGAGUAUGGAGAUUAAACACC